CCCAUCAGACGGGCGCUGAUUCGCAAUUUUUUCAAAAUUUCAGUCUGUUUCAAAAUUUUCGUAACGUAAUAGUUUUUUUACAGUUUUUUUAUAUACAUUUUUUCGCCAAGAUUGACAAAAUUAACAGUAUCCAUCAUGCAGAGGGAGUGCAUCUCAGUGCACGUUGGGCAGGCGGGCGUGCAGAUGGGUGUGGCGUGCUGGCAGCUCUACUGCCUGGAGCACGGCAUCCGUCCUGACGGUACCUUGCCGGCCUGUGAGCAGGACCCCAACGCGGCUGACUCUUGUUUUAAUACCUUCUUCUCUGAAGCUGAUCGAGGAAAAAUGGUGCCAAGGGUAGUUAUGGUGGAUUUAGAGGCUACUGUUAUAGACGAGGUUCGUUCAGGUGAAUAUCGACAACUAUACCACCCAGAACAGCUGAUCACAGGCAAGGAGGACGCGGCCAAUAACUACGCGCGUGGUCACUACUCCACCGGCCGUGAGGUGCUGGGGCCUGUCAUGGAGAGAGUCAGGAAGUUGGCAGACCAGUGUACUGGUUUGCAGGGUUUCUUCGUAUUUCACUCUUUUGGCGGUGGGACAGGCUCCGGCUUUACAUCACUGCUCAUGGAGAAACUCUCAGAAGAAUUUGGCAAGAAGAGUAAACUUGAGUUUGCUAUUUAUCCCGCACCGCAAGUGUCGACAGCGGUAGUGGAGCCUUACAACGCAGUGCUGACGACACACGCCACCAUUGGUCACUCGGACUGCGCGUUCAUGGUGGACAAUGAGGCCAUAUACGACAUUUGUAGGCGGCGGUUGUCCAUUGAGAGGCCGUCUUAUGCCAAUCUCAACAGACUUAUUUCACAAGUGGUGUCGUCAAUCACAGCAUCGCUGCGAUUUGAUGGAGCGCUGAACGUGGACCUGACUGAGUUCCAGACAAACUUGGUUCCCUACCCGCGUAUUCACUUCCCACUCGCUGCUUACGCGCCCGUGGUCUCGGCUGAUAAGGCAUACCACGAAGGCAUGUCAGUGUCAGAGAUCACAGCAGAGCUGUUCGAGCCACAGAACCAGAUGGUGAAGUGUGACCCUCGCGACGGCAAGUACAUGGCGUGCUGUCUCCUGUACCGCGGCGAUGUGGUGCCCAAAGACGUGAACGCUGCUAUCGCAGCCAUGAAGGGCCGGGCUGGGAUCCGGUUCGUGGACUGGUGUCCUACUGGGUUUAAAGUGGGCAUUAACUACCAGCCGCCGUCGGUGGUGGCGGGCGGGGAUCUGGCGCAGGUAAAGCGUGCCGCCUCCAUGCUCAGCAACACCACCGCCAUCGCCGAAGCGUGGGGUAAACUCGACCACAAGUUCGACCUCAUGUACUCUAAGCGAGCGUUUGUGCACUGGUACGUGGGCGAAGGCAUGGAAGAGGGUGAAUUCUCAGAAGCACGAGAAGACCUGGCAGCACUUGAGCGUGACUACGAUGAAGUUGCCAUCGAGACGUCUGACAUGCAGCCUGGAUUCGACGACGAGCUAUGACGAACCCCGCCGGCUCGUGGCGGGCCGCGCCCCCUCCCGCCGCACCCCUCCGCGCUCGCCGCAGACCGCCCGCCGCCGAUACAGCUGCGACGCGACUGCGCCGACACGUACUCAGCGCUCGCCGCGCACAUGGACUGCGCGCGCGGCGCCUCCACUGCCUAGACAAGUGACUCGGUGCAUGUGCUGUGGUCGGUCUGUGCGUGUCUAAACAUGGCGGCCGCGCAGCGUCGCCGCCGAAGCGGACGCCACAAAACCGCGGCCGCACGUUUAUUGAUAUUGAUUAUUGCAGAACUGGGAAAAUUAUUAUAAAGGUUCGAAAAUGUCCGCGGAGGUCGGAUGAUGCUCGAGUUGCUUGUACCCUACCGUUGACGCACCGAUGGCUGCAUGGCGUGACAGAGCUGCGCUCCCUCGCCUCACAACCGUCUCCUGUGUUCUCCGUCGAGCAGUCUUGCGACGUCUUUUUUAAGUUUUUUUUCAUUGGUAUAUUUCUUUAAAUUUUUUAGCAAAUACUCGACGGAGAAUUAUUUUAUAUUUUUAUUUUACCUUUAUUGAUAGAAAUUAUUUUACACGUGUUUUGUGGCGAAUCGCGUAAGUGUGCGGUGUGAAUGCGGCGCUAUUGUUGUAAGUGUAAAUGUUUAGUAUUUGUGUACGUCCGUGUUUGUUGAAAAGAUCAAAAAGUUUUUUUACAAUGUACCGUCUGAUGUUAUUGU